UACAACGAAGCGCAUUUAUCGCUUUAAGAAUCCAUUCACCAGUCAAAAUUCAUCUCUUUCCCAUCUGCAUAGCUCUCAAAGUUAUAUAUAUAUAAACCAGAAGAAAAGGCCACUAUCUUUAGGCCUAUCUGUUCUUUCUUUUAUUCUUCGAUGGAUUCAAACACGAAUCCUGAACUUUCCUUCAAUUUCCCACCCUUUCUCCGAGUUUUCAAGGACGGGAAAGUAGAGAGGUUCGUGGGAACCGACUCCGUUCCGCCCUCUCUCAAUAUUGAAACCGGCGUCAACUCCAAGGAUAUCGUGAUUGAACCAGAAACUGGCGUUUCCGCUAGGCUUUACAUCCCUAAAAUCAACGACCAAUCUCAGAAACUCCCUCUUUUAGUCUACUUCCAUGGAGGAGCUUUCUGCAUCGAAACGUCCUCUUCUCCUACAUAUCACAACUAUCUGGACUUCCUCGUUGCUGAAGCCAACGUCGUCGCCGUCUCCAUCGAGUACAGAAGAGCCCCGGAGCACCCUCUCCCGGUUGCCUACGACGAUUGCUGGGCCGCAGUCAAGUGGGUAGUUUCCCAUUCCAACAGCCAAGGCCCAGAGCCGUGGCUCAACGACUACGCCGAUCUCGACCGCCUCUUCUUCGCCGGCGAUAGUGCUGGGGCAAAUCUCUCCCACAACAUGGCCAUACGCGCCGGGACUCGAGGCCACGAAUUGGGCAGCGUGAAGGUCUCAGGAAUUAUUCUGAUUCACCCAUAUUUCUGGGGCAAAGACCCAGUUGGCGCAGAGGUGAAAGACCUGCAGAAGAAGGGUCUCGUGGAUUCUCUAUGGCUUUUCGUGUGUCCGACGACGAGUGGGUGCGACGACCCGCUGAUAAAUCCCGCGACUGAUCCGAAACUGGCCAGCUUGGGUUGCCAAAGAGUACUUGUUUUUGUGGCUGAGAAGGAUACGUUAAGGGAUAGAGGGUGGUUUUAUCAUGAGACGUUGGGGAAGAGUGGGUGGAGUGGUGUUGUGGAGGUGAUGGAGGCUGAGGGAGAGGACCAUGUGUUUCAUCUCUUCAACCCCACUUGCGACAAGGCUGUGGCCAUGCUCAAACACAUGGCUAUGUUCUUGAAUAUGGCUCAGUGCAAUUCGUAGCUAUUGUGAUCUUGUCGUUUGUUCUUUGUCGAUUUCUUUGGAUCUAUCUCAUGCUUUCAGCUCUUGAUUAUUAACUUCGUUUUGGCAUCUCUUUCUAUUAUAUUUUGUAUGUAUAUAUAAUUCUAUUUUAGCACUUUCAUGAGUCUAGUAGUAUAAUAUUUUACUUGUA